GUUUUGGAGCACUUUAUUUUGCGCUGAACCACGGCUGGGAUCGAUUAUAGCUGCCAUACAUAAAGCGACACACCUACAAAAUGGACAUGCAGCCCUUGGCAGGCGCCCUGCCGCGGGACCAGGACGACGGCGCGCUCCUGAGACCCAACUACGAGGACGUCGUCGACCGCGCGGCGGAGUUUCGAUUGACGUGCGCCCGCGUGCCGCCGGAGCUAGCUGACGCGGCGGACACUGCGCGCGCGCUCAUCGCGAACGCGGAAACAAAUACGAUGGACGGCGAGGACGCUUUUGUAGAUGCGGAGAUCGCGCGGCUGCGACAGGCCGCGGCGGCGGAGCGCGAGGCCGCGGCGGCGCGGGCCGACGCGCGCGAGCGCGCCGAGGAGGAACGAAUGGAACGGGAGCGGCGCGCGGCUGCGGAACGCCAGGCGGCCGCGGAGCGUCAGGCCGCGGAGCGCCAGGCCGCCGCGGAGCGUGAGGCCGUGGAGCGCCAGCGCCAAGCCGAGGCAGCCGCGCGCAAGGCCGAGGCGGACCGGCUGCGGGCGAUCGCCGACGCGGCGGACGCGCGCGAGCGGGCCGAACGGUUACGAAGGGACGCGAGUUUUGCAAGACGGCUCAAGGAGGAGCAGCUCGCGGCCGACGCCGAGCGGGAGCGCCUCGACAGGGAAAGGAGAGAGCGGCUCGCGCGGGACGCGUCCUUCGCGCGGCGGUUGAGGGCGCAGGACCAGCCGCCGCCGGCCCCCGCGGGCCUGACGCCGAAGGUCCGCACGCUCGCGACGCGCAUGGGCAAGUCCGAGGAGUCCUGCCGCUUCUGGUUGGAGGCGGCGGGCGGCGACGUGGAGGUCGCGGCGGCGAUGAUGCAGUCCCAAUAACACACACUGUAAUUA